GACUCUAGCCAUGAUGCCUCCCAUCGUAGAGUGCAUUUGCACCCCUGCGCACUGGUCUACUGUGAUCACUAACGGUCGCACCAAGAUUACAAAAAUCAGUCGCAAAAAAGAAUACAAAGACAAGCUAGCCAGCUAUGUAGUGGUACUUGCUCAUUUGUCACAUUGCUUGAUCGCUUUGUUCAGGCUACUUGCAGUUGCUGUAUUUGCAACGCACUGCGACACGAACGUGACUUGCCGGCUUCGCCUGAACCUCCGCUCCGGGGCGUACGCGAAACCUAGUCUUCAGGUGUGCAAGAGCUUCUUCGUUCGCUGGACCUUGGGCACAUUCGCCAUCGCACUUCUUCCGCUUGACAAAGCAUUCCAUCGAGCUUGAUUUUCUACUGUCAACAAUGCCGCUGGGACCCACCGCCUGUGAAGGCUUCCACGCGAUCCAAGUAUGUUCGGCCGAGAUUCUGCUCAAGCUGACCAUAUCGAACAAAUUGGGCCAAUCUUUCCGCUGGCGAGAGCAUCGAUAUCGAGGUCUCUCCACUCUGUCGAAAGAUUCGCCAGACCCACCUGCUGCAGGUCCUACUUUCGACUCCGAAUGGUCCCUCUGCUUGGAUGAUCGCGUCGUGGUUCUUCGGCAAGAGACAUCAACCCAUCAAAUUUGGUACAAGACACUUUUGCCUGGAGCCAUUUCACCCAGCGUUGCACAUGUGGAGGGUACCGAACGAUGGCUAAGGGACUAUCUUAACCUAGAUGUGCCCCUUGAAAGGCUAUAUGAGAGCUGGUCGGAGAAAGAUCCGGUGUUUGGAAAAUUAGCCGGCCGCUUCAAAGGAAUCCGAAUGCUGCGGCAAGAUCCAUGGGAAUGCCUUGUCUCAUUCAUCUGUUCUUCGAACAAUAACAUCGCACGAAUCGGCCAGAUGGUACAGAAUUUGUGCACUCACUUUUCACCACGGUUGAUGACUCUGUUGCAUUACUCACCUGAUGAUGCAGGGCUCAAGGAGGAGGUGCACUAUCAUCCCUUCCCUCCACCAGAGGCAUUGGCUGCCGAAGGAGUCGAGAUGCGGUUGCGCGAGCUUGGAUUCGGCUAUCGUGCCAAGUACAUUGCGCAGACUGCCCAGAUGCUUUGUGCUGCUCAUGGGCAGCUUCACAGCCACGACAGCAAACGACAUGCCAAGCGCCCGCGCAAGUCCCACGACGACGAAGCUUGGGUGACCUCUUCAAGCCAUGCAUCCGUCGCGGAGUACCUUGAAUCGUUGAGGAAGAUGUCAUAUUUGGACGCUCGACAAGAACUCAUUCAAUUUCCCGGAAUCGGACCCAAAGUCGCAGAUUGCAUUCUGCUGAUGUCAUUAGAUCAACCAGAAAGUAUACCAGUGGACAGGCACGUCUUCGCUUUCGCUGAGAAGAAAUACAAGAUCAGGUCCAAGAAGUACGAAGACAUUGCAGACCAGCUCAGGAAGCUCUGGGGAGAGUAUGCUGGAUGGGCGCAUUCGAUCUUGUUCACUGCGGACUUGCGUGCUUUCAGCACUUUUCAGGAUGAAGGGUACGCCAAGAUGGAUGUAACAGACGGUGUCACGACAUCUUCCCCGCUUGGAAUAGAGCCCGUUGCGAGAGUCAAACUCGAGGUGGAGGAAGAAAACAAACAAAGCAUCCCAGUCAAAUUAGAGGUCAAAGAGACUGCAACCGCAUCGCUUGCGCAUGUGGCGCAGAGCUCUAACAUUGAGUCUCAUUAUCACGUUGUCAAGCCACGGCGAGCGAGAAACGCAGCCAAAGGCCAAUCGAAGUAGUAGACAAACUAGCAGAAGUGGUCGCUGAAUUGAUACUUUUG